AGAGACAGUAACCGGAUGACACGACAGGGGGCGGUAAUGCAACUUGACUGGAUUGAAAACUACUAUAAACCCCAGAGAAGAAGAGGUUCCGCCCUCUGAACCGGUGUGACUGCAGUGAGCUCAAGGAGCAAACGAGGCUGUCAGCAAGUAAAGUGAGUGCCGUUUCUGACCGGAGAAAUUUCUCCUGACGCCUUUUACAACACAGACCAGAGAGGUGAGAAGUUGUGGAGAACAUCAUGGCGACUGACCAGGAGCCGACCUACACCAUGAAGCUGCUGCAGCUGCUGCUUCUCUCUACCUACUGGGGGAUGCAAAUUUGGGUCACUUUUAUUUCAAGCUUUGUGAUGGACAACAACCUGAACAGACACACUUACGGGUUUAUUCAGAGUCGUCUUGUUCCGUUCUACCUCCACCUGGGUUCAGCUUGUGCCUUCUUUAACCUCUCCAUCUACGCUGUGUACCAUCCCAGAGACAUACUGGAUGACAGGGAAUCGUUUCAGAUCUUCAUCUUCUUUGUGUCGGUGACGGUCGCGGCCGUCAACGCUCAGUGGUUUGGCCAAAUGACGUCAGAGAUAAUGGCCGACAUGCACCUCAUCGAGCAGGCGUGCGGCCUGGGUCAGGAUAUUGGACUUUCGUCUAACCGCGAGGCUUACGCCAAGCUGUGCGAGUCGGACGUGAAAUACAAGCAUCUCUGCAGGCGCCUGUGGGUGUACCGGCUGCUGUCCUCUCUGUGUAACCUCUGCUGCAUUGGCUGCAACUUUUACAGCCUCUCUUACAUGGCAGAGAACCUCUCACAUCUGUAAAGCCGACACCCUUCAGCUGGACUCCAAUCUCUUACUGCGACGCUACCGAAAAAAUCAAAUAAAUCUUUGAUAUUUGGCAGCGGUGGACGUAUUUAAAUCCUUACUUUUUUCAUUUAAUCUGAGGCGAAACGUCAGGCGAUCCCUGUUUUCCUUGAAUUUUCACAAGUAAUGAAAGGAACGGGCAUUGGUUGGUGGCAGUCGUCCCUCUUGUCUCGCCUCAGGAUUUUUAGAGAGAUGAAUCAGUGCCUGCAAUGCCUCACCUUUCACCUAGAUUGGCUGACAGCUGUGGUUGCCUUCAGAUUUCUUUUUAUUUACCUUUACAGAUGUAAUACGGUAUCGUACUAUUAACUGACGUCAAUUGAAUGCUUUUGCUAUUUAAAAAAAAGUGAGGUCGUGUAGGAAUAGUUGGGUUAAUGUGGAUUGCAUCGUUUCUUUUUAAAUACCCACAUACCAGAACCUUCACUGAAGGAAGUGCUUCUGCACAGCUCACUCCUGCUCUCACUGUUUAGGGUGGAGUUUCUGCAGUUUUGUAGUUUUGCAGGUUUGUCUGGCUUUCUGUCCCACCUUUCACAUUUCAGAGUGGAAGGGUGUGCUAUCUUUAGCUCUCCUGGCUGGUAUGUGGUAUGAAAACGACGGGUAUGAACACUUAGACAGCUGUACAGCAAGCUCCAGGGUAGACUCGCACUGUCACAGAAGUUACGUUUGUCAUGGAGGCAGUUCACUCUGUGAGCUUUAAGGCAGUGGGUAGGUUCUGUCAUCUGAUUGGUUGGCUGGACCUUCUAUGUCUGUUAGCUGCUGGGAAUAGCAUCAGUUCAGCUGAGCAGCAUUCCUACCUGAAGAAUUUAGUGAUUGCACUGAUGCAGAAGUCAUUUGGAAGAUUUUUUUUUUUUUUUUUUACGUUUAGAAUCUCAGUUCAGGUUUAUUUUGAUGAAUUAUCUGUGGUAACACUAUGUAGUAUCAAGUUGACAUUUUGUUUUCCCUGUGGCUGUAACCUCAGGGAUUAGUAAUAAAACUGACAGGUUGCUUACAGUAGCAUGCAUACCAAUAAAGAUGUGUUUUAUGAAGAAAACACAAAGAGCCAAUCACUACAGAUGCGCUCAUAAAUAACGAUUUGAUAAACGGUACUUUAUAAUGUCCUCUUGCUAGGUGCUAUUGUUCCUGGUUGGUGUGGUGCAUUACAGUCAUUUGCAAUCUCACCUAAAGUUUUUAAAUGCAUAAUAUUUUUCUAAAGAGUCAUCUUUUGUACAUACAGGUGAAGGAUUUUAGUUUGGCUUAUUUAACAGAUUAUUGUACGUCGCUGUAUUUAUAUUAUCUGGUAAAGGGGGAAACAGACAUCAACAGAAACUAAAAUGUCAUAGUGGGUAUGAUCUGUUAUGUUUUCCAACAUAACAUGCCGUUUGUACCAUUUUAUUUUGCUUUAUAUUGUGAAAAGAAGAUGUUACUCAACUGGUUUUUUUUUUCAGUUCCUUUUCAAGUAUUUUCAAAAUUAAUAUAUGGGUAAAUUCUCGUCUGUCGCUCUGGUUUGUGCUGCUCUUGGAUGCACAUGUACUGUAUCUGACCUGAGGGAAAGAACCACAACCAGAAACUGUCCUGAGAUAUUUGGAGCUGAGUAGACUCUGAAGUUUGGCCUGGACUGGUGAAGGUGUUUUCUUUUUUUUAAUGGCAAAAACAAUGCAAUGUUGUCUGGUAGCUGUUUUAAAUCGUAUUUUCUUGUGUAAACAUGUAAAUAUAUAAAGAAGAAAUGUAUGUGUCAAUAUUUAUAUCUAUGUAGGUGAGAUGAAGGUUGUAGGGUUAAGGUGAUUUGUUUUGUCUUCCGUUCACAUCUGUGGGAUUUUUAAACACGUUGUCUAAACAUGACUUUUUUUCAUUAAAUUUUAUUUAAAGUUUGUUUCA